UCAAAUGGGUGACACUCAUAUGCCAGUAGAUCCAAGUACACGAAACCACAAGGCUUUCUGACAAUCCGAUUAUCCUUCACAAAGCAGUAGUUGCAUUGCCAUCUAUGCACUGCAGAUGUGUUUCAUAUUGACAGCUGAUUUGGGACAGACCAACUUAACAUCUUCCAUAAGAAAAAUGGAGGAAAGAAACAUCAGCAGAAGGCUUCUAAGAGUGGAUUCAAACAAUCCAAAUUGGGGAACUAACAUCACAGCUCUGAAUGAUAGUAACGACCCUGAAAUGUCAUUUUGUGAAGUUGUAUCUUGUGCCAUAAUUUUGCUUUCUCUCAUCAUUGCCCUAGUUGGGCUUGUUGGAAAUGGAACAGUGUUUUGGCUCCUGGGCUUCCAGAUGCGCAGAAAUGCCUUUUCAGUCUACAUCCUCAACCUGGCUGGUGCUGAUUUUCUCUUCAUGUGCUUCCAAAUUGUUUAUUGUUCUCAUAUCAUGUUGGACAUGUACUACAUCCCUAUCAAAUUUCCCCUGUUUUCAAUUGUUGUGUUAAACAUUGGUUAUCUUUGUGGCAUGAGCAUCCUCAGUGCCAUUAGCAUUGAACGCUGCCUAUCUGUCAUGUGGCCCAUCUGGUAUCGCUGCCAACGCCCAAGGCACACAUCAGCUGUCAUAUGUACCUUGCUUUGGGUCUUGGCCCUAGUGUGGAGCCUCAUAGAAGGAAAGGAAUGUGGCUUUCUAUUUGAUACCAAUGGCCCUGGUUGGUGUGAGACAUUUGAUUUAAUUGCUACUGCAUGGCUAAUUGUUUUAAUUGUGGUUCUCCUGGGGUCCAGUCUAGCCUUAGUGAUUAAUAUCUUCUGUGGCUUAUACAGGAUUCCUGUGACCAGGCUGUAUGUGACCAUUGUGUUCACAGUGCUGGUCUUCCUGCUCUGUGGUCUGCCCUAUGGGAUCUACUGGUUCCUCUUAGAAUGGACCGAGAAAUUUAAUUAUAACUUACCUUGUGGUUUUCAUCCCGUGACAGUACUUCUAUCCUGUGUUAACAGCUGUGCCAACCCUAUCAUUUACUUCCUUGUUGGCUCUAUUAGGCACCACAGGUUCCAACGCAAGACUCUCAAGCUACUUUUGCAGAAAGCCAUGCAAGACACUCCUGAAGAAGAAGAAUGUGGAGAGAUGGGCUCCUGAGGAAUAUCUAGAGAAACAAAGACAGUCUGCAAGGGACUGAGAGCUGCUUUGAUCAGGCAUAAGUAGCUUUAAAAAAACCAUGUCUUUGUUAGUUUGUUGCAGUUUCAUAAUGUUGUAUAGUUGACGAACAAAGGUUAGGAAAGUAUUCAAUGUUGCAGAAGUUGGUUGAUACUAGACUUAUUAUAAAUACUAAGUGCAGCAUUUAUGUAGCUAUCUUGCUCAGGAAUUUACCACCUCCUUUUGAGGGGCCUCCUUGUAAGCUGUAUGGAGUCCAGAAGAGCUAUUGACCACUACUGACAUCCUUUCUUCAGCAAGAGACUCAAGAAAGUGCAAGAAAGAGUUGCAGUUCUUAGUUAACUUAAUAGUGGAUAGAUCUAUGUUACACACACACACACACACACACACACACACACACACACACACAUAUAUAUAUAAUUUUAUUUCACUGUAGAAGGGUCAAAUAGGCCUUAUAAUCCCAGAACAUAUUAAUUUCUGUAGGUUUUACAGGAUGAAUGGAGCAGUAGUCUUUCUUGCAUAAAUUUCUUAGUUAAGCAGUGAACACUCUCAAGAGAAGUCUGUUAAAUCACUAUUCAUGCUUUGGAGUCCUUACCUUUAAGUUCACUGUGUGAUCCAUUUUCAUCAUUGGAAGUGGGUGGUGAGGUUUAUAAGGAGAUACUCAACAUACAUGCACACAGGAGGUGUAGAAUAUCUGUUUUUUGUGGUUUCUUCAUAGUGUCCUACUUAGCAUUUCAUGGUUGAGUCUUGUUUUGUCAUGAUUCUCCCUCUCUCUGGCUGUCUAAUUCCUCAUGACACUUUUCCAAUAAGGUCCUUUACAGGAAACUCCCUUAAAAAUCAAACUUGUUUCACAUUUAUACCAUUUCCAGGAGUCCACAGCAUUUAUUAACUUAAUUAUGCAAUUUACUAAAAAUUUAAUAAAUAAUAUUUCUUUUGUAAAGCUGCAGUAUGUAAUAAUUUCAAUUGUUCAACAAUUAAGAGAAUAUAAUAUCAACAGAUUAAAUUAAACAAAUCAACAUAUUUCCUUAAAAAUUUAGCUACAUACACAGAAACUAAUUAAGACACAAAAUACUAAUAUCUUUUAAUUUUCAUCUCCCCUCCAUUCAAAAGUUUUUAUAUUAGAGGUAAAUAGGCUGUCCUUGUUUCUUUUCUUUUCUUUUCUUUUUUCAGAGCUGGGGACUGAACCCAGGGCCUUGCGCUUGCUAGGCAAGUGCUCUGCCACUGAGCUAAAUCCUCAACCCCUAUUUCUGUUCUAAAUUAAAAGUUAGAGUGUAAUUGAAAGAUUGUAAUAUUAUGCUUGAUACGUAUGUGGUUAAAUUGUUGUUAUGGUUGAACAAACUAACCUAUAUAUCAUGUCAUGUAAAUAUUCACUUUUUUCUUAUUGUGUCAAAACUUCAUACUUUGGAAAACUUCUAUGUGCAAUGCACUCUUACUACAAAGAUUUCAUGCUGUAUAUUACUGCUGUGGUUUCAAUGAAGAUGGCUACCAUAGGCUCAUUUAUUUAAAUGAUUUACCCCAAUUAGUAGAAUUGUUUGGUUAGGAUUAGGAGCUGAGGAGUUGUUGGAGGAGUUAUGGCACUAGGGUUUUCUUUGAGGUUACAAAUCACCAGUGUCUCCAUCCACACCAUGCCUGUGAAUUAGAUACAGGCUCUCAACUACUACUCUAGUGUCAUGCUUCCUGCCGUGGUGGUCAUACAUUACAAAACUGGUGAUGAGAUCUCCCAAAUUAAAUAUUUUCUUUGUAAAAUUGCCUUUGCCAUUGUUUCUCAUCACUGCAAUGGUAAUGUGACAAAAGAGAAGCUGCUGUCAGAGAAGUUGUUAUUGCUGUAACAGGCCCAAUCCCAUUGCUUUUUCAAGGAAUGAGAAAGACUAUGGGAUUUUGGACUAGGGAAGCAAUUGAGGUGAGGCUUAAAAAAGAUACUAGUAUGAACUUGGAUGAAAGUGGUACUGAGAGCAUGUACACUGUGGAGGGCAAGUUGAAACAGUUUUUGAGGGAAACACUAUUAGCAACUUGGCUAGAAAAAAUCUUGAAUAUUUUUCACAUAAUGUGGCUGCUUUUUACCCUUGUCAUUAGGAAUAUGCAUGAGGCUAAAUUGAAAACUGUAGAGAUAAUUUCUUGGCAAAGGAUAUUAGGUCAAAAUGAGAAGAAGGGCAAAAUGAAAUAUAAAAUGUACAAUUGAAGAGAAAACAAUAAUCAGGAUUUUAAAUUUUGUAGCUAAUUCUUGUGCCUAAAGAUGUUAGUAGUUUAAAGAAAGGCCUGAGGGGAAAUGGAAUAAAUGGAGUACUGCUCCAGGGUGAGACAUAGCACAGCUAAGCUUUCAACUUGAAAAAAGAAAAUACCUAAAGAUGCUCAUAAAUCAAAGGAAAUUUUAUUCAGCAAAUGAAAGCAAUGAAUCAAAGUUUAUGCAAAUAAAUUCAAGGAAGUGAAGAUGUAUGAUCUGUUCCUCUGUAUGUUGGAAACAUGUAGUUGACAGUUGAAUAAUGAGCAGAGAGCAGAAGUUGGCAGAAACAGUCAUCUGUUGAUGGCCUUUUGGUCAAGAAGGGUUCAGGAAUAAUUAUUAUUACAAUUUUUUUUGUUCUUGCCAUGGCUCUGUUUUAAAUGUUUAUUUAUGAGCUGUCUCAAUGUCAGAGACUAUUGUGCAUAGGUCUACUGACUUAAAUUCAAGAUCUGAAUACUCACAUAGUAGCAGUAUAUAAAAGAUACUGCAAAUUGACAAGAGGUCUAAGUGUGACAAAUAUAUUAUCAUGUUUCCAGGCCCUGUUUUCUAUAUCUACAACAAAAUCGCCACACCUAAGAUUCAGGAACCAUAGAGGAAAAUGGGGAAGAAAGAUGGUAAUAUCCAGAAGACCAGAUGUCUCAGCUAGAUGUGUUCUUCUAGACAGGACAGAGGCUGUACCCACACAAUCUCAGCAAUCUUAAACCAGCUUAACAAUCUCAACAAUAUUGCACAAGACCUGCAGAGUGAUAAGACCAUUAUAGAUGCCAGUGUGGAUGGGAAAAUCUCACAAGGAUUCAUCCCUCUCCAUCAUCUCCUGCUUGCUGAUGUGCUUGAGUUCCAGUCCUGACUUCCUUUGGUGAUAAACAACAAUGUGGAUGUAAAAACUGAAUAAACCCUUUCCACCCUGA